AGUGCAGCACAACCCUUGACACUCAACAUUCCCACAAUGGCACUCCGUUUGGCUUUCCUUGCUGCUGCCCUGGCUCUCACUGCAGCCACCAAUGUGCAGGAUUGUGGCUCCACUGCAACCAUCAGGAACUUAAUAAUCACCGACUGUGCUGUUCCUCCCUGCCACUUUGAGCGGGGCACAAAUAUAACAGUGGACAUUGACUUCAAGAACAACGAAGCCAGCAGCAAGCUCACCACCAAGGUCACAGCAACCCUCGCUGGGAUAGAGUUUCCAUGGACAGGAGCUGACCCCAAUGGCUGUGACAACCUCACCAAGGGAAGCUGCCCCCUGGAGGUUGGGGAGGAGAGCCACUACAAAGCCUCAGCUCCUGUUCUCCAGUCAUAUCCAUCUGUGAGCGUCAUUGUUACCUGGAAGCUGGUCGCUGACUCUGGGAAGACUACCAUCUGCUUCACUGUUCCUGUGACUGUCGUCUAGCAGCACUCCUGCCUCUCUACAUAUUACUUUGCCUGUCUGACACAACUGCAAAUAAAUAAAUAUCGUACAAAUAGCAAUAUUCAACCCUAUAAAGGCAUUACUUGCUGAAAUGUAUUAGAUAAUAAUUGAUGAUCUUUUCAAUAUUACUUGAAUGAAUAAAACUUUAGUACAUUUUGAAUAA